AUGACCUUCAUCAACAAACGGAUCCUCACGCUGAACGCAGCGAAUCCAAAGACCACUAAACCCGCGAGUGAACAAUCACGGUCCGCGAAAACUCACGUCGCGAAGCGGUCCGAGCCUUCUCAGUGUCCGCUCUGCAAGGGGAAGCACUCGCUCAUGGGGUGCCCCGACUUCAAGGUGGCCAGUGAAAGAAAGACAGUGGUCGAGACUAAUAAGCUCUGCUUCAACUGUCUCGGCAAUCAUCAGGUGGCGAAGUGCAAGUCAACCCGGAACUGCUUCACAUGCAACGCGCGGCACCACUCGAUGUUGCACGACGCGUACGUUUCCGCGACGGCACCCCCCGCGGAAGUCAGCACGCUUUCCGCCGUCGGAAAGGCCGACGACAGUAAGGCGAUUCUUCUCGCGACCGCGCGCGUGACUAUCGCCGAUCGGCACGGAGAUCCUCAUGAGGUUCGGGUGCUCAUCGACCUAGGCUCCGAAGUGUCGAUUGUGUCGGAGUCCCUGGUGCAGCGACUACGCCUGCCGCGAUCGCGCACGCGAGUGUCUAUCUUCAGCAUCGGCGGCUCCCAGUCGGGAUCCACACGAGGCAAGGUGUCCCUGACCAUCAAGUCGAAGACCACCGGAGCCACUCUCACCGCCGUCGCGUUCGUGCUUCCGCGUCUCUCGCUCUACCAGGGCGCCGCGAAUAAGUGCCGCAUCUCGUGGCCUCACCUCCGAGGGCUUUCUCUGGCCGACCCUCGCUUCGCCGCCAACGACCCAGUCGAGCUGCUGCUGGGCGCCGAGGUGUGCUCGACCAUCCUGGAGGAUGGUCUCCGCCAAAGCGAACCGCAAACGCCGAUCGCUCAGAAAACCAUCCUGGGAUGGAUUCUUUCAGGGGGCUGUGGUGCGACCCUCCACUGUCACCACAGCUCACUCCAGUGUACCGCCGACCAUGACUUGGCCGAGCUGGUCCGCCGUUUCUGGGAACAAGAGAGCGAGCCUCCCGCCUCCGUCACGCUCACUCCCGAGGAAGAGGAGUGCGAGCAACACUUUGUACGCACCCACGAGCGCACACCCGCUGGCCGGUACGUCGUCCGACUGCCGUUCGCCUCGACGCCGAAGCACCUCGCCGAGACCCGCAAGCCCGCUGAGCGACUACUCACGGCCAUGGAACGCAAGUGCGCCCGGGAUUUCCGGUUCGGAGAGCUUUACCGCUCGUUUAUGCGGGAGUACGAGGACCUCGGGCACUUGGAAGCCGUAGCACCGUCGGACGAGAACACAACUCGCGGCGUGUGCUACCUCCCACACCACGGCGUGUUGAAAGAAGCCAGCACUACCACCAAACUUCGCGUAGUGUUUAAUGGCUCGCAACGCACCAGCUCCGGAGACUCGCUCAACGACCACCUCUUCGCAGGCGCAAAUCUCCUGCCGGCACUUGCUGACGUGCUCUUGCGUUGGCGUCGGCACCGCUACGUGAUGAUCACAGACAUCGAGAAGAUGUAUCGCCAGAUCAUCGUCCACCCGGAAGAUCGUGACCACCAGCGGAUCCUGUGGCGAAGUGCCGUCGAACUACUCGUGCGCGUUCUCCGCCUGACAACGGUCACCUAUGGCCUCACGUGCUCACCGUGGGUCGCGAUUCGCACGCUCCUGCAACUCGCCAAAGACGAGGGGGCUCGGUUUCCGCGUGGCGCGAUCGCUCUCGAGGACGACAGAUACGUGGACGAUGUCGUGACCGGUGCGGACACUAUCGACGACGCGGUUGCCGUUCAACUGCGCGAACUCUGCACGGCGGGCGGGUUUCCGUUGCGCAAGUGGGCCGCGAACUCCGAAGACGUUCUCGUCGGCAUCCCGCAGGAGCACCGCCUUAAACGCGCCCUCCACGUGUGGGAGACAGACGGACACUCCACUCUCGGCCUCCGCUGGCACCCGACGGAAGACGAAUUUUCCUUCGCGAUUCGUCCGCGCGCAAUCACCGUGUUCACAAAGAGGCGCGUCCUCUCGGAAACCGCACGCUUGUUUGAUCCAUUAGGGUGGCUCACCCCCGUCGUGAUCCGAGCGAAAAUCCUCAUCCAGUCCACCUGGCUGAAGGGGCUAGACUGGGACGCCCCUCUUCCGUCGGCCGACGCUCAACAAUGGGGGAGCUUCCUGGAGGAGCUUCCGCGGCUUGAACUCGUUCGCGUGACCCGCUGGCUCGACAGCGGAGCGGAUUCAAGAGUCGAGAUCCACGGAUUCGCCGACGCGUCCGAGCGAGGCUACGCCGCGGCCGUCUACCUCCGCGUCACGAGGAACGGUUCCGCCACACUGCACUUGCUCAUGGCAAAGAGCAAGGUAGCCCCGAUUCGACAGGUGUCCCUCGCUCGACUCGAACUGUCCGCGGCCGCACUGCUCACUAAAUUAACGCGACACGCUCGCGACACUUUACGCUUGUCCACAGCACCGAUCUACCUUUGGUCCGACGCCCGGGUGACACUUUACUGGAUCAGGGGUCACGCAUCCCGGUGGAAGACGUUUAUGGCCAACCGGGUAUCGCUGAUCCAGCGAACUCUCCCCGAAGCCCAGUGGCGACACGUUCCUGGACGAGAGAACCCGGCCGACUGCGCUUCUCGGGGGAUCGCGCCCAGCGAGCUGAUCGGCCAUCCGCUGUGGUGGACGGGUCCACCGUGGCUGCGGGAGGACCGAACCCAGUGGCCCGCCGAGAGCGACGAGAUCCCCGACGCGGAGAUGCCGGAACGGAAGGCCGUCGUGCAAGCCGCCGUCGGAAGGAUCGACACGAAGCCCGACACGCUCCUUCGAUUCUCGUCACUGCACCGACUGUUGCGAGUCACCGCGUG